AUGCUGAAUCGAAGUUGGGGUACCGAACUUUGGGAUCAAUUUGAUAAUGUUGCUAAAUAUGCUGAGAAAAGUUUACAAUUUUGUGAAAAAUAUGAAUCAUUUCUUAAAGAUCGUUGUACAGUUGAAGAUGAAUAUGCUAAAGCAUUAAAAAAAUUAACUAAAACUUAUACACCAAAAUUAAAAGAACAAGAAGAAUUUUAUAAUAAAUAUACAUAUACAAUUGCAUUUUGUUCAACAUUAAAAGAAUUACAAGAUUUAGCUUCACAACAUGAAUUAAUAGCUGAAAAUAUUCGUGAACGUUCAAUAAAACAAAUACAAAUAACAGUAAAAGAAUGUCGAGAACAACGAAAAAAAUGUUUAGAUGAAUAUACAAAAAUAAAACGUCAACUUGAUAAACAACAUGAAUUAAUGAUAAAAUCUUUACGAAAAUAUGAAGAAUGUCAUGAAUCAGCACGUCGUGCUAAAGAAAGUUAUGAAAAAGCUCAUGAAGAUCUAGAUUUAUCUCGUGCACAAUUAGAAAAAGCUCGUGAUACAAUGACAUCAAAAUCAAAAAUAUGUGAUGAUGCACAUACAAAUUAUUCUUCUCAUGUAUCUUUAUUUAAUGAUACACAACGUUUAUUUUAUGAAAGACAAUUACCAAGUAUUUUAACAGAUUUACAACAAUUAGAUGGUAAACGUUCUGAUGAACUUAAAGAUGUUUAUAUUAAAUUUAUUCAAUCACAUGCUGAAGUUUUACCACGUAUACAACGAUGUUUAGAUGAAAUGACUAAACAAACAGAACAAUUAAAUGCUAAUACAGAUGCACAAGUUGUUAUUGAAGAAUAUAAAUCUGGUUAUACAAUACCAGAUGAUGAAAAAGAAAUUGAUUUAAAUGCUAGUGAUCUUCCAUCAUUAUUAUUAAAUGGAAAUAAUAGUGGACAAGAUCAACAAAUAUAUAAUAUAACAUUACUUAAUCAUCAAUAUACUCCAGGAGAAUUAGCACGAUCAAAUACAUUAAGAAGUUCGGGUAGUGAUCAUAGUAGUCAAAAUGGUGUAGCAACAAUAUAUGCAGUAGGUAAUGCUAGUGGUCAUGUAAAUGGUACACAAACAUUAAUGACAACACCAGCAAUGGGUUCAAGAAAAACUGGAGGAAAUAAAAGUAGUGGAACAGCAAGUACAAUUAGAAAAAUAUUUGGAAGUUCAUCACAUAGAAAACCUUCAAAUAAUGGUAAUUCAAAUGUAACAACAACCAAUACACCAUAUGGUACAUUACCACCAGCACAACGUUUAAAAAAAUUUCAAGAACAAAUUGUAAAUUGUAAAAGUGAAUUAGAAAAAAAACAAAAAGCCAAAGAAGGUUUAACAAAAAUGAAACUUGUUUUUCAAGAAAAUCCAAAAUUUGGUGAUGAACAAGAUGUUACACAACAAAUUAUUUCAAUUGAUGAUCAUAUUGAAAAAUUGUUAGCUGAAAUAAAACGAUUUGAAUCGUACAUAGCUGAAAUCGAACGAACACGAGCUCCAACAUUAUCUGAAUAUGAUUCAACAUCUCAUUUACGAACAAAUUAUGGUUCUGAUCAAUCAAUAAGUAAUAAUAAUAAUAAUAAUUCACAACCUGGUACACCAGCACAAAAUCGAAGUCCACCAGACAUUCCUGAACAUGUAACAUCUUCACAUGAUUAUCAUCGAUUACCAUCAGUAACAUCAAUGACAUUACAUCAAAAUGAUACAACAAAACUAUCAACACAUACUUUAAACAAUGAUGAACAUAAUGGAUCAUUUGAAGAUGAAGAUAUUGAUGAUGAACAAUUACAUUCUGUUGAUAAUACGGAUAGUCAAUGUCAACAACAAUUCAAUGGUGGAACAAUUCUUAAAGCUUAUGCACUCUAUGAUUUUAAUGGUCAUGGCAUCAAUGGUUGUCAAUAUGUAAAUGCAGCAUCAAUAUAUGUUGGUGAAUAUGUCGAUAUAUUAGAAGAUGAUCAAGGUGAUGGAUGGACACGUAUACAAAAACAUGAUGGUUCAAGUGGUUUUGUUCCAUCAUCGUAUCUUCGUAUUGAUUCUCAACAACAUACCACAUCAUCACAUCAAGUUGAUUCCGGCCGUUUUUGA